CCAGUGGAUGUGGAGUUCAUGAAGGCCCUUCACGAGAAGGUGAACAUCGUCCCCCUCAUUGCCAAAGCCGACUGCCUCAUCCCGGGAGAGAUCCGGAAGCUGAAGGAGCGGAUCCGGGAGGAGAUCGACAAGUUCGGGAUCAAGGUGUACCAGUUCCCAGAGUGUGACUCGGACGAGGACGAGGAGUUCAAGCAGCAGGACCGAGAGCUGAAGGAGAGCGCCCCCUUUGCCGUCAUAGGCAGUAACACCGUGGUCGAGGCCAAGGGCCAGCGGGUCCGGGGGAGGCUCUAUCCCUGGGGCAUCGUGGAAGUGGAGAACCAGGCCCACUGCGACUUCGUGAAGCUGCGCAACAUGCUCAUCCGCACCCACAUGCACGACCUGAAGGACGUCACCUGCGACGUGCACUACGAGAACUACCGGGCCCACUGCAUCCAGCAGAUGACCAGCAAACUGACCCAGGACAGCCGCAUGGAGAGCCCCAUCCCCAUCCUGCCGGUGCCCACCCCGGACACGGAGACCGAGAAGCUCAUCAAGAUGAAGGACGAGGAGCUGAGGCGGAUGCAGGAGAUGCUGGAGAAGAUGAAGCAGCAGAUGCAGGACCAGUGAGCCUGGCCUGUCCCCCCCACCCAUGGUUGGGGCUCCCAGACGAGCGAGCCCCGCGGCCAGACCCUAAUUUAUUGUUGGCCCGUGCCGGCCAGCCCCGAGCCCCCCCCUCGCCUCCUAAGGACCAAGGCACCCCCACUCGGCCCUUCUCCCCCUGCUGGGAAGGGGGGGCCGUGGUGCAGGCAGAUAAGGGCUAUGUGGCCCCCCGUGGGCCAGCCUUGCCUCUUGGGGGGUCCCCCGGGUCUUCAGCCCCUCCCCUCCCCAAUCCUGGGGUCAGGAAGACCUGAGUUCAAAUGCUGCCUCAGAGACCCGCUCACGGGGUGACCCUGGAGGUCGCCUCACCUUGUUCUGCCUCCGUUUCUCUCACUGUAAAAUGGGGAUCCCAUGAGCUAAUUCUGAAGCGCUCUGCAGAGGGGGAAACAGAGGCAGAACAAGGCCUCCCCAGAGAGGCCACGGGGGUCAGUACGGGACCUGAACUCGGCUCCUCCUCCGCACCCAGAGGAUCCCUCCCGUAAACCCCGAGGCCGGGGGCCCCAGGCCCUUCCCCCCUGCCUCUGGCCGCCCCCCCUGGGACUCCCCCAGGGGUGGUGGGGGAGGGGCCAGCAGCCUGGAGGUUGGAAGGGAGGCCCCCCUCCCCUACUGACUCCCCCCCACCCCAGGGUGCCCUCAGCCCCAGCUCUCUGACCCCGCUGGAUCCGGGGCCCCUUGUUACCACCUCCCCCCAGCCCUCUCUGGCUCCAAGGCUGGGCACUGAAUGCCGAGGCCAGCCGGGGGGGGGGGUCCCCAUUCCCCAGGGCUCUGUGCUCAGUGGUGAGAUCCUGCAUGUCUCUUGGCCUGGGGGGAGCCCCCCCUCCCCCGUCUUUGUUCUUGGCCUGGCUUCCUCUGGUAGACCAGCAGGCUGGUGCCACAGGCGACUCUGGGCCUGUGGCUUCCCCUGUGGUGCCUGGACCCCGAGAACCAGCCCUGCUGACUCAGAGCCUCUAUCUCUCUCUCGGCCCCCCCAUUUCCGGGGGUUCAAACCUGCUCAGCCCACCCCUU